GAGGUGAUGACCGGCAGGCUGUUCGUCCAAUGAAGGGUACAGACGCUGAUGUGGGGGGGCCCGUGACUGUGUAGGGGCCGGUGUUUGUGGAAGCUGUGUGGGAGAUGGCGGAACCUUUGAGGAGACGUGGUCCGAGGUCCCGCGGUGGCCGCGGCGGCCGCGGCGGCCGAGGCGCUCGGAGAGCCCGAGUCGCCCGUGGCAGGUGUCCUCGCGCCCCGCAGUCUCCGACUAGGCUCAUUCCAGACACCGUGUUUGUGGUCAGUGACAGCGACGAAGAGGUCUUAGAAGUCGUCGCGGACCCAACAGAGAUGCCGGUCGCCCGCCUGCCCGCGCCGGCCGCACCUGAGCAGGACAGCGACAGUAACAGUGAAGGGGCAGCCGAGGGGCCUGCAGGAGCCCCGCGUAUGGUCCGACGGCGGCGGCGGCGGCUGCUGGAUCCCGGAGAGGCGCCGGUGGUUCCUGUGUACUCCGGGAAGGUGCAGAGCAGCCUCAACCUCAUUCCAGAGAAUUCAUCCCUCUUGCAGCUUUGCUCUUCAGAGCCUGAAGAUGAGGCAGAUCUGACAGAUUCUGUCAGUCCUCCCUCUGAGGAUGCCCUGCCUCCAGGUUCUCCCUGGAAAAAGAAGCUGAGGAAGAAGCAUGAGAAAGAAGAAAAGAAAAUGGAAGAGUUUCCGGACCGGGACAUCUCUCCUUUACCCCGACCUUCAUCAAGGAACAAAAGCAGAAAGCACACUGAGGCGCUCCAGAAAUUAAGGGAAGUGAACAAGCGUCUCCAGGAUCUCCGGUCCUGCUUGAGUCCCAGGCAGCAGCCGAAGCCGGUCCUCCAGAGCGCAGACGACGACGAGGUGGUCCUGGUCGAAGGGCCUGUCUUGCCACAGAGCUCUCGACUCUUCACACUCAAGAUCCGCUGCCGGGCUGACCUGGUCAGAUUGCCUGUCAGGACAUCGGAACCCCUUCAGAAUGUAGUGGAUCACAUGGCCAGUCAUCUUGGGGUGUCUCCAAACAGGAUUCUUUUGCUCUUUGGAGAGACAGAACUGUCCCCUACUGCCACCCCUAGGACCCUAAAGCUUGGAGUGGCUGACAUCAUUGAUUGUGUGGUGCUAGCAAGCUCUUCAGAGACCACAGAGACGUCCCAAGAGCUCCGGCUCCGGGUGCAGGGGAAGGAGAAACACCAGAUGUUGGAGAUCUCACUAUCUCCUGACGCUCCUCUCAAGGUCCUCAUGUCACACUAUGAGGAAGCCAUGGGACUCUCUGAACACAAGCUCUCCUUCUUCUUUGAUGGGACAAAACUUUCAGGCAAGGAGCUGCCGUCUGAUCUGGGCCUGGAAUCUGGAGAUCUCAUCGAAGUCUGGGGCUGAAGCUCCCUCACCAUGUUUCGAUACAAAGCCAAGACAUGGGAACAAUAGCUCCCACUUUUAUUAUGAUUUUUUUUUUUUUUUUUUUUUUUACCCAUAAGGGCUAACAGAAACUGAAUUAGAACUCGUUUACUUAUUUAUUUCCGGUGCUGGGGAUUGAACCCCGGACUGUGCACAUGCUAAGGAUAUAAGAAAUUGAGGCAAAACCAAGGCAUUACCUUUGGCCUGCCUCUAGUAGACUGUGGUCAGGCAGGUGGCUAUUUGGUAGUUGUGUGGCUGUGUGUGUUUGUGCUGUAUUUGGCAGCCCGUGGGGCACAGAGAAGGGAUCUUGGCUUCCCUGCUGUUUCACGUUCACUAGUGCCCUUUACUUCAUUGAUAUCUGCUCUGUGAAGCUGCCUCUAUUGAGUGCGUUGAACUAAAUGAGCAUUGCUUUGGGUGUCCAGGCCUUGGGUUUGUGCCACAGUUGGGGGCAACAGUGACUUUCACUCUGUUUUGGGGCUGAGAAUGUAGUUUGAGGUACAUUUCCUGGUGGGGACACUUGGUUGCAGAAAGAUAAAUAGGUGACAUGUAUGCUGAGACUGAGGGCUAGGUAGAGAAGGGUGUCAUUUUAAAAGCUAUGAUUGUUGUGUCCUCAGCCCUGGGUAUCCAUUCUUCCGGGCCUAGCCGGUGUCUGGUACACUUCCUGGAGUAGACACCUAGCCACAGUCAAGCUCAUGCAGCUGUUGUGUGUGCGGUCUCUCUAGUUCUUGGUCUUCCUCCCUCACGCUCUCUCUCCUGUUAGUACCUACUUAGGAUAUUUGUACCUUCCAAUAUGAAUGUCCUUAUAAGAAAAAGUUCUGAAUGCAUGUGGUUUUACUAUAUAUACAUGGAGUUGUGCAAUAGACAGUCUGUCUUCAGUCAGAACAAUCUAGCUGUGUUAGCGCCUUGUAGAUCCAUUGUUGCUCUGAUCCUCUGUGGGUGCCACAUAGUGGCAUUAUUUGAUUUUACUCACACUUUGCCUUAAGGGGGUAUGCCCAAGUCUCUAGCUCUUUGGAACCAUAGUCCAGGCCACAGCAAACAUCUUUAAUGUGUCCCCUCUGGGCCUGGGUUAUACAGGUUCAUUUCUCUGGUUUCUCCAGAGUUUUCUUUAGAAUGUGGGCUGGCCUUUCUAGGGGCUUCUCUUUCCUUAUCUUUACCAGCUUUUGGAGCUUUUGAAAUGUUGGCAUUCAGUGUGUAUAAAGCACCACAUGGCUUAGUGUUCCUUCAUCUGAUGGCCACUUCUUCUGCAUGGCCACCUUCUGGUUUUUCUUUGUCAGCUGCUGUUUUCUUAGGAGGCGGCCUCCUUGUGUGUGUAUUUCUUUUCCUUGAGGAGUUGCUUGUGUUCUGGGCAGUUGCAAAAACCCUCAGAAUAGCACUUUGUGUCUCCAGGGGAUUUCACCAAACAGACAUUCUUAAUUUUAAUGUAGACAGUUGGCUUUCGUUAGGAAGUUCUGUUGUUUUUAAGGGAAAAUACAAAAGAGCUUCCAGAGUGAGAGGGGCUUUAGUAGAGAAUCUCAGGAUUGAUACUUUUGUAUUUCUAAGCUAGUUUAAGAAACUUUGAUUUUCUUCUGUUAGCUCCAUCAUAGUUUUUGUCCUUUUGGUGGUUUUUUUUUUUUUU